AUCCUCUUCCCCAGACAUGUGCAGAUUACGUCCACCAUGUGUGGUCGAUAUGCGCUGGCCUUGCGGCCUUCAGUGGUUCGCCAGCAGCUCGAGCAGUCGCAGAUGCCAGUAGACAGCGCGCCUGACGACAACGACGUCCGUCAAAGCUACAAUUUUGCGCCUGGAUAUUGCGGAUUGGUCUACCGAGCUGAUGGUCCCGACUCCGGGACGAGUACAUUACAAAACCAACAUGAUGAGCUAGGCACGCAGAACAAUAUCACUUCGGUUCCAGCAGCAGGGCACAUGGACGGCACCAAGUACAAGCUUCAGGCUAUGAAAUGGGGACUCGUUCCGUUCUGGACGAAACGCAACCCCGACUACGGUUCCAUGUUGAAGACGAUCAACUGCCGGGAUGACUCGCUGUACGACGAUCGUGGCAUGUGGACAAGCAUGAAGAAGAAGAAACGGUGCAUCGUGGUCGCACAGGGUUUCUAUGAAUGGCUCAAGAAGAACAACGGCAAGGAGAAGAUACCGCAUUUCACCAAGCGCAAGGAUGGUCAGCUGAUGUGUUUUGCGGGUUUAUACGACUGUGUCCAGUUCGACGACUCUGAAAAGCUGCUGUACACGUACACAAUCAUUACCACGGAUUCGAACAAGCAGCUCAAGUUUCUCCAUGACCGGAUGCCGGUUAUAUUAGAUAACGGUUCUAAAGCUGUCAAGACUUGGCUAGAUCCGGAGCGGAAGGAAUGGAGCACCGAUCUGCAGUCGCUCCUUCAACCGUAUGACGGUGAAUUGGAAUGCUUUCCUGUGAGCGGAGAAGUGGGCAAGGUCGGGAACAACUCGCCGCAGUUUGUCGUGCCUGUCAACAGCGCGGCCAACAAGAGCAACAUCGCCAACUUUUUUGGGAACCAACAAAAGAUGGCCAAAGCAAAGAAGGACGAGGGCAUAGUCGGAAGGGCAGAGCAUGACGAUGGCAAGACCACCGACCAGAUCGCAAUCAAGGUCGAACAGGACGCCAAUGAACCUCGUGAGACGACGAACCAGGUUCAAGGUAGCGAAGACAAUGCACCAUUGCCUGUUCCAGCACCAAUAUUCCCAUCACGCGGCGAAGGUUUGAAGGGCAUCAAACGGGAGCGCAGUGAAGCCGAAGAUGACGGCGACACAGCAUCUGGUGCACGCCAACAGAAGCGGAGGAUGCCUGGUCCAGGAUCCAGCCAGUCCCCGCAAAAGCGUGGUACAAAAGCACCUGCAAAGAAGACCAGGAGCGCCACGAGUAACGGCAGUGCAGCGAAGGCGAGCCCGUCCAACCAGAAGCGCAUCGAGUCGUUCUUCGCGAAGUGAGGCCGCCAUAUGAGCGGCAUGCACGGGUGCGGCGUCGGCGCGUAGUGCAGUCGUGCAUUGCGUAUUGCGUAUUGCGUAUUGUCUCGGCGAAGACUGGAGCGAUGCUAUACGGUGGCGGUGAGAGGGAUGUUGGUAUAGGCGCAAAUCACCACGGCGUGGCCGGGCGGGACACUAAAGCGCGGCUGCCAUUCGCAGGGCAGGCAGCGGCGUGACUGCUCGCUGAUGCGUGUCAUGGCCAGCAGGCCGUUCUGCCGCAGCAAGCGGUGCAUUUGCAUUUGCAGUCGCGUUUGGCAUGCAGCCCCGAGCUGCAGCUUGGGCGGUGGUAGGUGGGUGCGGUGCCCGUUUUCGCGUGGGCAGCGAGAAGCACCCUGCAGCGAGUGCAGCAGCGCAGAGGCACAGACAGCCCGUGGUCUCCAAAUAGACACGGCGCCCACCCCGGCGGUGGCGCACAAUGUGAACACAUGUUUCGAGGCAGCACACUGGCACUGGCACUGGCA